UAUACUUAUGACGGCUUGGACUACGCCUACUAUGCGAAAUCUUAUAGUGGACUUUAAAAUUAAACAUAAGUAUAGCUUUAAUGUAAGUAAUUAAAUCAGUGAUCUGUGCUACCUACUUGUGACCAUCGAGCCAAAGUAAAUGGUAAGUUAUGAUUGAUGUCUUAAAAAGUGUGUAUUUAGAAUUGAAAGAAAUUAGACGCUACCUAAUUAAAGUUGGUCCAAGUAAACGUAAAGGAAAUUUAAUUGCAAAGAAACUUAGCGAAGCAAAUGUUUUAUUUAGUCAAUACACUAGUGUUUCAGAACAUUUAUCAGUAGAGAUUCAAAAAGGUAAUAUUUUGGAGGAAGACGCAAACUUAAUUAAAACAUUGUCACUAAAUUUUAUAGAUUUAUACAAGGAAAUUUCUGAUUUAUGUACUGUGCAACAAGAAACAAUGUCUGAAAAUAACAUGGAUACUUUUAAUUUAAAAACGGCUUUAUCCUUAUUGCCGCAAAUGACUGACGAUGAGGACAGUAUUAAGUGCUUAAUUGAUAACCUUGAAUAUUACGCGUCCUUGCUAAAAAGUAUUGAUUGUAAAAGGAAUUUGAUGCUAUUUAUACUGAAAAGUAGGUUGUCUCAAGCAGCUAAAUUAAAAUUAAAAUCAUCUUACGACACGGUGGAUGAAUUAGUAACUGAUAUGAAACAGGUCCUUCUUCCACAAAAAUCGGCAACUGCUAUCCAAAACCGAUUGCAGCAGAUUAAACAAAACGACAUGUCAAUUCAAGAUUAUGGGAAAGAAAUUUCGGAAUUAUUUGUAGAACUUACGAUUUCGCAAGCAGAAGGCAAAUCAGAAAGCUUCAAAGUUUUAAAGCCACUGAACGAGAAAAUGGCUGUAAAAAAGUUUGCGGACGGCUUACGAAAUCGUAGGCUAAGUACUAUAAUUGCAGCCAGGAAUUUUGCUACGCUUAAAGAUGCCAUCCAAUCCGCCAAGGACGAGGAGACGUCAUCUGCUACACCAGCUGAGGAGUCAAUGCGUACGUAUAAACCAUACAACUACUCUCAUAGGAGCCGACAAGGACAUCGUAAUGGGCCAAGAGGUCAAUAUAGCCCAAGAAUAUAUACCAAUAGGAACUCGCGUGGCAAUACCAUUGCUUACUUAACCAGGCAACAAAAUCGCGGAGGCUUCAGCGGAUUCCAGCAUUCGCCAACCAGAGGAAAUGGUAAUAUUCUAGACCGUAUCGAGGAAGGUAUAAUAAUAAUUUUAGCGCUCGAGGAAACAAGUGGAUACGUAGAGGACAAAUGCGUGUAAUGUC